AUGCCUUCUUUUAGCUCCAAAGCUCCUCAGUUCACGUUCGACCACCAGUCAAACAUGGUGAGCUUGACGACUGUCGCUGGCUCGGGGUCCCAAGUUGACAACCCUACCUCCCACAUUGGAGCCUCCCUGCCGUCUGAAACGCUUCUCGGGGCAUUCCAAGAUGGUCCCCUGUUUCAUACUGCCGAUGACGGCUACCUGGACGCGCCGAAGGCUGCAUGA